CUUCUAUUAACGAUUACGUCAUUUCCGACCCGGCAUCCUCAGCGUGUUCAGCCCGGUUUCGAUUUCGAUGCGUCGUGCUAUUCUCCGUGGUCGUUCGAGUCUCGUGUUCCAACUAGGAGACGCAAGUUAUAAAUUAUCCUAAAAUAAUAUGAUAGAUUUUCGCACUGAUCUGGGGAAGGCCGACGCCGACAAUGGAAGAUACAGCAACACCAACAUACCGGUCACUUCACAACAAGGCUUAGCUUCAUUGAGCCCAUAUUUAAACUUUGAUCCAUCAUACCUUCCUGUGAGCCAGCCAGAGUUUAUAUUUCCUGAUGGUGCCGCAAGGCAAAGAGGCCGCUUCGAGUUAGCUUUCAGUCAAAUUGGAGCUGCAUGCAUAACGGGGGCAGGGAUCGGUGGAGCGUCAGGUUUGUACAGAGGCAUCAAGGCGACGUCUAUUGCUGGCGAGACUGGCAAACUCAGAAGAACACAAUUGAUUAAUCAUGUUAUGAAGGGUGGUGCCAGUAUGGCAAAUUCGCUCGGUGUGAUAAUGAUUAUGUACACAUGCGCUGGAAUAGGCCUGACUUGGCUUCGAGGAACUGAUGAUAGUUUUAACACAGUAGCUGCAGCUGCCACAAGUGCUGCGAUAUUUCGAUCACCUGCUGGGAUUAGAAAAGCUGGCAUAGCAGGCGCGAUUGCGGCAGGAGUUGCAGUGAUGUACUGCGCCUGGAAUAACGGAGGCUUGUCGUUGCACCGUAUGAAUGGAUGGAAACAUACGGCGUAAGAAUUGAUAUAAACAUCCGUAUUAUAAAAGAUCUCCGAUGCGUUUUCAUAUUCUCAUAUUAUUUUGUACAUAGAAAAAAAAAACUUACCAAAUGACGCAAAUAAAUUAUUGAAGGGAUGUUAGAACAAAUAAAUUAUUGAAACCAACAGUGCAUAUGUAUUUAUAAACAGAUACGGAUUGCUGUUACUUGUGCGUAUAUUUGCGAUGUAAUAUUGUAAAUAUUAUCCAGUAAUAUAUUCAAUUGAUUUGUCUCAUCUCAAUUUCUUUAUAAUAUAUAUAUAUGCGUAUAACAAUAAACCUUACUUGCAAAUGCAAGUACAC